GCGUAGAGGCUGAAUGAUAAUGAGAGCGGCAACAAGCGAGAAGCCGCGCAUCUCGUAAAAAGAUUUCUGGUCCCGAAGCAACCGCUAAUUGAGAGUGGCCAUGGGUGGAUCAGCGCUGUGCCGACUGCGUUUCGGCGAGCGGAGAAAGGGGAGCGCUCGUGCAGGAUCGCGAGCAACAGGUUUGUGGAAAUGAGGCCAAAAUGAAGGUGAGCUGCACUCCGUUCCAACCCUCGCAACGAGACGAGAUCAUCAUAAACAUCAUAUAAACGCAGCAUCCGUCUCAGUCUGCUGGCACCUGCUCCAUAGCUCAGCGCUUGCUGCCUGCAACCGGGCUGUGCCCUGGUUCGUCCGGCGUGGUUUAUGGUGAAAAUAAAUUCUAAAUUCCUCAUAAACGUAUGAUUUUAUGUGAAGACAUUUUAUUCAUGAGGAAUUGUCGCGCUCGUUCACUGCUUGUUGCUGUGCCACAGCCUUGUUGACGAAAAUAUAGCUACCACCGGCUGCUGCUGCGAGCAACAGGCUGGCCGCGGCCCCGCCCGAACCCUGACCGUGGCCCUGCCCAAACACUGACCGUUCCCCCUGGGAGAGAUGAGGCGCGCUGCUCAUCAUGUGUAGCAUCCACUUCAACCACUCUCUGGCCGCCAUGAACGGGAACGAGCUGAUGGCCCACUCCCUCUCCCUGGAGCAGAAGACGGCCUUCGCCUUCGUGGGGAUGCUGCUCAUAUUCCUGGGGCUGCUCAUCAUCAGGUGCUUCCGGAUCCUUCUGGACCCCUACAGCAGCAUGCCCUCAUCUACCUGGGCCGACGGGGUGGAGGGGCUGGAGAAGGGAACCUUUGAGUAUGCCCUCACCUAAACUGCGCCCUCUGGAACAUUCUGCAGAAAAGGGGAAAAUAUCAUUUUAUUUGACAGUUACAUAGCUGUAAGCCUACUCGUUUACCUAUGAAAAGGCGCAAGCGCUGUUCUGGGACCUACCUGGUUUGUUCAGCUGGCAAAAGAUCACAUGGACACAGAGAUGGAUAGAUGUCUCAGGGAAAAAAUGGAUUGCAUCCUAAAAUUCAUAAUUCAUAGAACAGGAGAAAGGGGGUAUGCGUCUUAAACAAGACAUUGGGAACUGAGCCUGUUGCAGUUAUUCUUUGAUCAUGCAAAGCGUCUCCAUUUUACAUUUGACCACAUGCAGUAGAUAUUAAUGUUUUGUAUACAAGACAAGCACAGUGUUUUACCCAACUUUUUCAGAUGUUUUCCAGUAUUACAAGUAUUUGAUGUAGAGGUUCCAGUUAUGAUGUCCAAGUAGAAACAACAAUGUAAGGUGAUUUUAACCAAUCACAGUGUUCUGCUAUAGACAAGCAAGAAUUUUAAGUGAUUAAUAUGUUUCAAUGACUGUAUCAGUGCUCAGUAGCUCCGCCUAUCAUGGAGCUGAUGGAGUAUCACUUCAAGGUACCGGCUCUUGAUUGGCUGUUGUCAGUUGAUGUAUUUUUGUCGAAACACAUGGGUAGGUCUGCUGGCUUCACAAACAAACAGAAGGCAAAUGUACAAUGUCCUGUAUUUCACAGACACAAAUAUGACUGAGGACAUUUGAUUGUUUUUAAGAAGCCCAUAUUGCUGUUGAGUAUCCAUGUCAAAAAAGGAAGAUUUAUGUUUGUUUUCCACCCUCCCUGCCAACAGAAAUAUGUGCAAAAUGAGAAAUUAGCUGUUUUUCCAGAUUAAAGCGGUCUUGUCGACACAGAUGCACCUCUUGCGACAGCGAAAUAAUCCCUUGAUUAAACGAGGGCCGAAGUGGGUUUAUGAACAUCAAUUCAUAAAAGGAAAUAAAAAAAACAAAGGCACACUGAGCCAGGGUGCUCUAUUAUCUCCACACAGUUGGGUACGAAGAGGUAUCUGUCACUCACCACCACAAUAGCAAAAGGAAAGGUGAGCAGGCUAAUGGAGUGUAUACCUGUCUGAUUCCCAUUGGUUCAUCCUCUCCACCAAUAAGAGCAGAGCAGGGAUUCCUUGUUUGAGGGGAGCAGUGUAGUGCAUUUCAAGUGUUCCUAGUGCUGUGAAUUUGCCUUACUGUAACCAUGAAUUGGUUAAUGUGCCUUCAUUUAGAAACCGCAGUACUUCUUCAUGAGAUUUUGUGUGUAUCUGUAUGUGUGUGUAUAUUUGAGUGUGUGUGUGCAAGCAGGAAUGUCUAUGUGUGUGUAUAUUUGAAUGUGUGUGCAAGCAGGCAUGUCUGUAUGUGUGUGUAUAUUUGAGUACGUCUUUGUUUGCAUAUCUGAGUGUGUGCCUGUGAGUGCACUGUACAGUACAUGGGUGUGAGUAUAUGCGUGGAGUGUUCGUGUAUGCAUCGAAGAGUGUAUCUGUGAGAGUAUUUUUUGUGUGUAUUUGUGUGUGUGUGUGUGUGUAGAUGUGCGUGUGUGUGUGUAUGUGUGUGUGUGUGUGUGUGUGUGUGUGUGUAAAUGUGUGUAUUUGUGUGUGUGUGUGUAUGUGUAGAUGUGUGUAUUUGUGUGUGUGUGUGUGUGUAGAUGUGCGUGUGUGUGUGUAUGUGUGUGUGUGAGUGUGUGUAAAUGUGUGUAUUUGUGUGUGUGUGUGUGUGUGUGUAGAUGUGUGUGUGUGUGUGUGUGUGUAUGUGUAGAUGUGUGUAUUUGUGUGUGUGUGUGUGUAGAUGUGCGUGUGUGUGUGUACGUGUGUGUGUGUGUGUGUGUGUGUGUGUGUGUGUGUAAAUGUGUGUGUGUCCUGAGUGUUCUCCUAUGCUCACGGCGUCUCUCUGUUGGGACGGAGUCUGAGUCAUGGGUUUCUUCCCACUCUUAAUAAAAUGUAUCCGUUGCCUUUGA